AUUCAUAGUUUAUAACCACGCACGCUUUGAAGGAAGAAUUCACGGAAACGACGAUGGCACGACGGAAAUCAGCCAAAGACAGACUGAGCAGUCUACCGGACUCACUCCUGUGCCAUAUCAUGUCCUUUCUCCCCACUAGAACCUCCGUUGCGACGAUGACUCUAGUCUCUCGCCGGUGGCGCUAUCUCUGGAAGUAUCUCCAAGUCUUCAACUUCUCCGACGAGUCGCUGUGUUACAGAACCGUGUCUGAUGAAUUGUUUAGAAAAUUUGCAUUCUUCGUGAACGCUGUUCUCGCCCUCCGCAAAGCACGCGACAUUCAAAAGUUCAAUCUCACUAUCACCUACCCAUUCGGUGGCAUGUUUCUACUCGACUGUAUUCAAUUGUGGAUCCAUGCUGCCACUGGCCCUCACCUUCAAGAACUCUCUCUCACCGUCAAGGACUCCGCAAUAACCCUCCCUCCUUUCUUUUUACUCAAUUGCACAAAUCUUGUUUCCCUCAGACUUGAGUGUGAAGUUCAUAUCAAUGAACAUUCUGCAUUUCAUUUUCCAUCACUGAAGAUGUUAUAUAUCGACUUAGGCGUUAUGAUUUCAGAAGUUGCUUUACUCUCUGGCUGCCCCAGCCUGGAAAUUUUCGAUGGUUACUUUUGCUGUGACCCUCCAGACUAUGUCACCAAACUUCUCAUUCCACCUUCCUCCAGAUCCAAGAGAUCGAAAUCCACCACUGACAAUUUCACCUGGAGCUGGAGUUACCUUAAUGUACGUGGAAAUACCGAAUUGGGCAUCAUUGGCCAUUUCCACAGUAUGAUGGAAGCAUUUCUUGACGUCUUUUCCCCAGUUGAAAGCGAAUUUGUCGACCCUAUUCUCAAACACCUCCGAGAUCACAAAGAGUAUAUGAAUCUACUUUCAUGUCAUUCAACAUCUAAGUCGCCACUUCAUGCCACUGUUCUAAACUAUCCAGAGUUUCGCAAUUUACUUCAUCUAAAGUUCAUUCUUCCCUGUUUCAACUCGAAUGUCUUGGUCAACGUGCUUGAGAAAUGCCAGAUGCUUCAAGUUCUCAUAAUUCAAAGCAAGAAGGAGAAACUAUCACCUUUAAGAACAUGGCAGCCAGAGUCAACAACGGUUCCUGAAUGUCUCAAAUCCCACCUGACCUAUAUUCACAUAGAAGGAUAUCAAGGAUUUGAAGACGAGCUUACAUUUGCUGAAUAUCUUCUGAGGAACGGACUUGUUUUGCAAACAAUGCUUAUUUUUGUUGAUACUUCAAUGCACACAACGAAUAAGUAUCUUUCUGUCAAAAGAUUAACUGAUAUACCAAGGGGCUCUGUCACCUGCCAACUUAAAUUUGACCCAGCCGUCUCUCUUUAAGAUACUGACUUCAUAGAUCAUCUCGAUGAUUUCCGGCUAAAAGAUCUUAAUUCGUGUCGACUCUUCAACAAAAUUGAAGAUGCUGGAUAUAUUUUCGGCUAUAUUGUUUGUGACAGAUUUGUGUAUGUCAAUUUUGUUUAUCAAUGUGAAACUGAAUUGUGAAUUUUCCCAUGCAUAUAAAAAUUUCAACACUUUCAAUUGGCAUUGUUAUGUCUGGUGUGGUUGUGGUGGAUUGGUGAAUUCAUCAUCGAGUUGUGAUAAUUGAGUUGAUAUAAAUAAAAAAGCCAAUCAGAUUCCAAAGUUAACAAA